GCCGGGAUUUUCAGGGUAAAUAGAGACUUCAGGGAGGGGAACCAUUUGUUAACGUGCCAGCUUUUGAAUAGAGCCUCUUGUAUCGUCAUGUCUUCAGAAAACAUAUUGGAUGAUGAGGAUACAUUCAAGAUCCUGAUUUCCACCGAUAUUCACCUCGGUUACCUUGAGAAAGACGCGAUUCGCGGCAGCGACUCCUUCCACACGCUGAAAGAAAUCCUGGAAUGUGCCAAGGAGAAUCAGGUAGAUCUCAUCCUGCUGGGCGGGGAUUUGUUUCACGAGAACAAGCCGUCAAGACGAUGCCUCCACAGCUGCAUCACUAUGCUGAGGGAAUACUGCAUGGGAGACUCGCCUGUGACCUUCAACAUCCUCAGUGACCAGACUAUUAACUUCAACACAACACAGUUCCCCUGGGUGAACUAUCAGGAUGAAAACUUGAACAUUUCUAUCCCUGUCUUCAGUAUUCAUGGCAACCACGAUGAUCCAACUGGGGCGGAAGGUUUGUGUGCCCUGGACCUGCUGAGUGCUUCUGGUCUCGUCAAUCACUUUGGUCACUCUCACUCUGUGGAGAGGAUAGAGAUUAGUCCAAUCCUCUUGCAGAAAGGCAGCACCAAGCUGGCCCUGUAUGGUCUUGGUUCGAUCCCGGAUGAGCGCCUGUACAGGAUGUUUGUCAACAAGCAGGUUACCAUGCUUCGACCCAAAGAGGAUCAAGACAAUUGGUUUAACCUCUUUGCAAUUCACCAGAACAGGAGUAAACACGGUCCCACAAAUUACAUUCCUGAGCAGUUCCUGGAUGAUUUCAUUGACCUGGUUGUGUGGGGCCAUGAACACGAGUGUUUGAUUACUCCAACUAGAAAUGAGCAGCAGCUGUUCUACGUGACGCAGCCAGGGAGCUCUGUAGCCACCUCCCUGUCGCCUGGAGAGGCCGCCAAGAAGCAUAUAGGACUGCUUAGAGUCAAAGGUCGUAAAAUGAACCUGCAGAAGAUCCCUUUAAAGACAGUCCGUCAGUUCUUCAUCCAGGAUGUCGUGCUGGCUGACUAUGAGGACCUCUUCACACCUGAUACUCCUCAGGUUACAAAGAAGGUGGAGAACCUGUGCUAUGCAAAGGUCUCUGAAAUGUUAGAAGAAGCCGAGAGGGAGAGACUCGGCUGUCCACGCACACCGGAGAAACCUUUAAUUCGACUGAGGGUGGACUACAGUGGAGGCUUUGAAACGUUCAACACCUCUCGCUUCAGUCAGAAGUUUGUGGACCGCGUGGCUAACCCAAAAGAUGUAAUUCACUUCCUCAGAAAGCGUGAGCAAAAGGAGGGCGUCAAAGAUGAGUUCAAUGUCGACUACAGCAAGCUAGUAAAACCAGCUGCUGUUGAGGGACUGAGAGUGGAGGACCUGGUUAAACAGUACUUUGAAGCGGCUGAGCAGAAGGUGCAGCUGUCCCUGCUGACCGAGCAGGGCAUGGGCAAAGCCAUUCAGGAGUUCGUGGACAAAGACGAGAAGGACGCCAUCGAGGAGCUGAUCACCUACCAGUUGGAGAAGACGCAGCGGCAUCUUCAGAGCAGAGGAGUAACCACAGAGCAAGACAUUGAUGCAGAGAUUCAGAAAUUCAGAGACUCCAAGAAGAAUACGACUGAAGAAGAGGACGACAUCAAAGAAGUCAUUAACAGAGCCAGAGCCCACCGGAUGGAGCGAGGUGAUCUCGAUUUGUCUGAUGAGCCCGCAGAUGUUACCAUGGACUCUGACGAGGAGUCAGGGACGCUUCCUGCUCCGACCCGAGGCAGAGGACGAGGAGGCGGUAGAGGGCGAGGAAGUCGGGGCGGGGCUAAGGGUUCUGCUGCAUCAGAAGCAAAGCCAGCCGGUCGGGGUCGGGGUCGAGGUCGUUCCCAGAGAUCAGCACCAGCAUCUCAAACCAGAAACAUAUUUCAGGCUUUUCAGGCUACAUCCCAAAGAUCUCAAAUAGGAGGAUCCACUUCUUCUGCAGCCGAAGAGGUGAUCAUAGAUGACUCGGAUGAAGAUAUACCCGUAAUGAAAGCUACCAGGCCGCCUCCAAGAUCAUCGUCGUCGUCAUCAUCAUCCUUCCCCAAGUACAGUUCUCAGAGCCAGAGUCAGACAUCUCGAGGAGUUGCUUUUGAAGACAGUGAUGAGGAGGACAACCCAUUCAAAGGCCACAGUCGUGGUUCAAGAAGAUAAGCACAUCCAUCAGUUGUGUUUAAUUCAAAGAAUUACUGCAUGUGUUCCUGCAAUGUUCUUCUGUCUUCUUAAAUGAUGACAGUGGUUAAUUCAAUUUUACAACCUAACCUGCAUGGGGUAAAAAUAAUGGAGUGCAUCAGUUUCCGUUAUUGUGGGGUUUGAAGAGUUUGAGCAGAGGAGUUUAGAAAAUGUCAAGUUUGCACCUUCGUUUGCUUUCCAUUCCCUGGAGGGCUCCUGCUGUUGUGAAUCUUUUUUUUUUCACUGCCCUUUCUAAAUAUGGAAAAAUAAAGACUUGUCAUAUAAAAUUACAAACAUCUGUCCAAGAUGUUUAAAAUCACUGCCAAGGUUUUCAUUCCUGAUUUGCAGUUUAUUAUAGUUGACCAGAUAUCCUAAGAAUCAGUUUGACCCCAGAACUAAAGUCAAUUGAAACUUGAAGUAUUUUCAAAUGUUUAGAAACUAAUUCCUUUUACUAGAAAUUAUUAUUUUGUUCAAAUAUUUAUCUCAGUUUAUUAAAAACACCUUACUAAUA